AUGGACAGAGCUAACGGCAGCAUCUUUUCUGGGUUCAUUCUUCUGGGCUUCUCCAACAGGCCUCAGCUGGAAACAGCUCUCUUCGUGGUCAUCCUGAUCAUCUAUUUCCUGAGCUUCCUAGGCAACAGUACCAUCAUACUGCUGUCGGUUGUAGACCUUCACCUCCGUACCCCCAUGUAUUUCUUCCUUUCUAAUCUCUCUUUUAUGGAUCUUUGUCUGACUACUUGUACUGUCCCUCAGACCCUGUUCAACUUCAAGGGGAAGGACAAGACCAUCACUUACGGUGGCUGUGUGACUCAACUCUUCAUUGCCUUGGGACUUGGGGGAGUGGAGUGUGUGCUCUUGUCUGUGAUGGCUUACGAUCGCUACGCCGCUGUCUGCCGCCCACUGCACUACCUGGUGAUCAUGCACCCACAGCUUUGCUUACAGCUGGUUAUAACUGCCUGGCUCACGGGAUUUGGCAAUUCCGUGGUACAGACAGCAUUGACCAUGACCCUUCCCCUCUGUGGCAGAAACCAAUUGGACCAUUUCUUCUGUGAAGUUCCGGUGAUGCUGAAACUAGCCUGCACUAACACCUUCCUCAAUGAGGCUGAACUCUUCGCUGUCAGCGUCUUUUUCUUGGUGGUACCACUCUCACUCAUAUUAGUGUCCUAUGGCCACAUUACUCACGCAGUUCUGAAGAUAAAGUCAGCCCAGGGGAGGCGGAAGGCCUUCGGAACCUGCGGCUCUCACCUUCUGGUAGUAACUAUCUUCUUUGGAACACUCAUCUCCAUGUACCUCCAGCCUCCCUCCAGUUACUCCCAGGAUGUGAACAAAAGCAUUGCGCUUUUCUAUACGCUGGUGACUCCUCUGUUGAAUCCCCUGAUUUACACGCUGAGGAACAAGGAAGUCAAGAGCGCCCUGAGGAGACUGACAGGAAGUACAGAGUCAAGAAAGAGUUAA